AUGAAGUCACCACCACUAACAGAACAACCAGAAGCUGAGGCCCCCAAAGCGAUUCCGGUGACCGUGUUGACGGGGUACCUGGGGUCCGGCAAGACCACGCUCUUGCGACGGCUCCUUCACCAGCACGCCCACACGCCGCUGCGCCUCGCCGUCAUCGAAAACGAGUUUGCGACGUCUGGCAUCGGCACGGAGAACGAGCUGCGUGAGGACGCGCAGCAUGCGGCGUGCCGGGCGCAGAUCAUCGAGACCAGCAGCGGGUGCCUGUGCUGCUCGGCCGGCGGGAAGGACUUCAAGCGCGUGCUCGCCCAGCUUGUCGACCACCGCGACAAGUUCGACCACGUCAUCAUCGAGACCACGGGCCUGGCCGACCCCGCAUUCGCCGCCACCUUUUUCAAACCCAACGAGGAGAUCUUUGACAAAUGGAUCUGGAAGAACUGCGAAGUCGACGAUUGGGAGUAUGAGGGCGAGAGCGACGGCCAUACACCGGCAAGGUCAGCAUCUACGGUUUGCUCAUCGAUGUUUCCCCGAUUCCGCUUCAUUGAGAAACAUAAAGUGGCCUCACAAAAUGCCAGAACCCUUCGUGACCGUCGGCGAUCUCCAUGUCUUCAUCCGCGAGAAAAACUGCUCGGGUGA